AUGUUGACCAAUUGGAGAGGGUCUCACCGCGGUUUUUCGGUAGCGGCGGAUCCGAAGGUUGUGUGUCGGGGACAGGAGGCGAGAACGCAGAUUCUCGAAGGGUGUGACGUCUUGGCGGAUGCCGUAGGUGCUACUUUGGGUCCUCGGGGUCGGAAUGUGAUUAUCCAGCAGGCGUACGGAGGUCCGAAGAUCACGAAGGACGGCGUUACAGUGGCGCGGAGCAUUGAAUUGGCUGAUCCGCUGCACGAGUUAGGUGCCAGUUUGUUGAAGCAGGUUGCGCAAUCCGCCAACAACGCCAGCGGCGACGGUACGACGACGGCGACGGUGCUUGCUCGGGAGAUUUACAAGCGUGGCUGCGAGGCUGUGGCGGCGGGUCUGAAGCCGAUGGAGGUGCUUAAGGGUAUGAAGCUGGCCACAGAUGAGGUGCUUGAUUAUUUGCAGGAGAAUUCCCGGGCGGUAUCGUCCAGCGAGGAGUUGUUCCACGUGGCGAAGGUGAGCGCCAACGGGGACGAGGCGAUCGGUCGUUUGAUCGCGGACUCGGUGUCCAAGGUGGGUCGGGAGGGUGUGGUUACAGUGUCUGAAGGCAAGACUGUGGACCACGCGGUACAGUUCACAGAGGGCUAUGAACUGGACCGGGGGUACGUGUCUCCCUACUUCGUAACCGAUGGCAAGACCGGCCGUUGCGUGAUGGAGGACAAGCCCAUGGUGCUGUUGUCAGAGGACAAGAUUACUAGUCUCAAAUACAUCAUGCCCGCCUUGGAGCACUGUGCGCAGAACAACCGGGAGCUGCUGCUGGUGGCUGACGACUACGACACGGAAGUGUUGACGGCGCUGAUACUGAACCGGCUACGCGGAGGUUUGAAGGUGUGUGCGGUCAAGGCUCCUUCUUUUGGCGAGUACCGCAAGCGCAUUCUAGAGGACCUGGCGGUGAUGACUUCGGCGACUGUUUUGAGCAAGGAGCGCAGCAAGGAGAUUGCUACGGUUGCGGAGUUGGGUUGCAUCGAGAAGGCGGUGGUGGACAAGGACAAAUGUUUGGUGAUGCGUGGAUCGGAGGUUAAUGGGCAUUUGGAGGAGCAUGUGCAGAAGAUCCGGAACCAGUUGAAGGAGUCUGAUGUAACGGAGUAUGAGGCAAGUAAGUUGAAGGAGCGUUUGGCCAAGUUGACGAGCGGCGUGGCGGUGAUCCAGGUGGGCGGGAACAGCGAGGUUGAGUUGGCGGAGUUGAAGGACCGUGUGGAGGACGCGUUGAAUGCGACUCGGGCGGCGAUGGCUGAGGGAGUAUUGCCGGGUGGUGGUAGUGCAUUGUUAUUUGCGGCGCGAAGUAUCGCAGGGUUGGCCGGGGCGAAUCGGGAGCAGGACGCGGGUAUCGACAUCGUGCGUAAGGCGUGUGAGGUGCCGUUGAGGAAGAUCGCCCAGAACGCGGGUUUCGAGGGGGCAGUUGUGGCAGGAGACUUAUUGCGCGAAUCCAAGUUAGGCGAAGGGUUCGACGCCAUGACGGGGCAAUAUGUGGAUAUGUACAAGGCGGGCAUUUUGGAUCCGACGAUGGUGGUCGUGACGGCGCUAAAGGACGCGUCGAGCGUGGCACGUUUGAUGUGCACGACGGAAGCCGCCGUUUAUAACCGACCGGCCGAACGUGCGCAGCCGAACGUGGGCUUACCCGGCGGCAACGACUUUUGA